AUGAUGUUUCCAUUAGUUUUAGAGGUGAGGAUACCCGGAACAACUUCACAAGCCACCUUCAUGCUGCUUUUCACCGCAACAAAAUCCAAACCUUCUAGAUCACAGGCUUCCCAAAGGGGAUCAGGUCUCUCCCUCGAUUGUCAAAGCCUUCAAAGAGUCCACCUAUCUGUGGUUGUUCUCUCCAAAGACUAUGCUUCCUCCACCUGGGGCUUGAGUGAACUUGCCAAAAUAAUUGAACAAAAGAAACAUGGUGUACACGUUGUUAUACCCGUGUUCUAUAAGAUUGAUCCUUCCCAUGUGAGGAAGCAGACAGGAACUCACAAGAUAGCUUUUGAAAAAUAUGAAAGAGAUGUUAACCAUAGCAUGGCCAAGUUGUUGAAGUGGAAAGCUACUCUCACUUGGGUGGGAAUCAAGGAAUUAUCGGAUAUUUUCACAGAUGUUAUGCAAAAACUGAAUCGUAUAUAUCCCACUGACAUAAAAGAACUUGUUGGAAUUGAUCAAAAUGUUGCUCCUAUUGAAUCAUUAUUGAGAAUCAGGUCAAGAGAAGUUCGCAUAAUAGGGAUUUGGGGCAUGGGUGGAAUGGAUAAAACAACCAUUGCCAAUGAUUUAUUUGCCAAAUUUUCUUCUCAAUAUGAAGAGGAUUUGAAUCUCCAUAUUAGCAUCCCCGCAGUGAGAUCCACUUUAGUUAUGAGGAGGCCUAGCCAAAAAAAGGUUUUGACAGUUCCUGAUGAUGUGGACAAUCCAAAGAAACUAGAACAUCUUGCUGCACUACAUGAGGGCAUAAUCUUAGAUGGGCAGAACAUGCUUCUUCCUUCAGGUCUUGAAUCAUUGUCUAGUAAAUUAAAGCACCUACACUGGGAUGGAUACCCUUCCAAGUCUUUGCCAUCAACUUUUUGUACGGACAACCUUGUCAUGCUUUCCAUGAUGGGAAGUCAUGUUGAAAAACUUUGGGAUGGAAUCAAGAGUCUUGCAAGCUUGAAAGGGAGCAACCUCCGUGCAUGCAAGAAUUUAACUGACCUCCCAAAUUUUACGCUAGUGCCAAAUCUUGAAAUUGUUGAUGAUUCUCAUUGCACUAGUCUGCUUCAUGUAUCCUCAUCCAUCCAAUAUAUCAAGAAGCUUAUUUUGUUUAACUUAGAAUCCUGCAAGAAUCUUAGUAGUCUUCUGGGAAACGUUCAUCUGUUCUCUCUUGAAAUGUUCAUUCUCGAACACUGUUCAGGUCUUGGUGAGUUUUCAGUAUCUUCAGAGAACAUGAUAGGCCUGGAGUUAAGAGAAACAGCAAUAGCAUAUUUCCCAGAAUCAGUUUGGCAGCAUCUGAACCAGCUUGUUUACUUGAAUCUGGAAUCUUGCAACAAGCUCAAGCGUCUUCCAAGCAACAUUCACUUAAAAUCUCUUCAAAGACUCAAUCUUAGAGAUUGUUCAAGUCUUGAGGUGUUUUCUGUGACUUCAGAAAACAUGGAAUACCUGAAUUUGAGAGGGACAUCAAUAAAAUAA